GCCCCGGCCCCUGCAACUCGACCCCGGCUGCGACCCCCAGCUCUGACGUCUCGGAAAAUUUCCCCCUGCCCAGGCCCCCGGGGGGGGGGGGGUGCAUGGUAUGAAAUGGGGCUGAGACCCCCGGCUGGGGACAGAGGGACCCGCCAGAGGUGAGCUAUGAACUGGGGACUGGAGGUCUGGGGGCCUGGACUCCUGGGUCUGAGGGAAGCAAGGGCUGGGGCCCAGACUUCAGGGUCCCUAAAUGUCACCAGCUCACCCUUUGCCCUCCCCCCAACCCAGAACGUUCACAACGAGCAUCCAUGGACCUGUGGAACUGGGAUGAAGCAUCACCACAGGAAGUGCCCCGGGGGAGCAGGCUGUCGGGGCUGGAAGGAGCGGAGCUGGGCUUCUAUUUCCCUGAACCGGCGCUCCAAGGGGCCACGCUGACAGUGGAGACCUGCUGGAAAGUUACGUUCUUGUCGCUCGCAGGGCUCCCACAGCUGGACUGGGGCUCCGCAUUACCGCACCCAGAAGCCCCAUGGGGGGCGGAGCACGCCCCUCAGGCUCUUUCUUGGUCGGGAGAUUGGACAGACCUGGCGCACACGGGCUCGGACCCUUGGAGCCGCGUCCCCCGGGCCGCGGGCCCCCCCCCUCCCGGCCUGGGCCCCACCCCUGUCGCUGGUUCGGAAGGGGCGGCGGGCCAAAACUGCAGCCCCCCGGCAGGAGGGGCCGGCUCGUGGUGGCGCGUCCAGGCCGCCGCCAGCUCCACCAGCUGGGACUGUUCUGUGGGCCCCGACGGCGCCGCCUCCUGGGGCCAGGGCCCCGGCGAGGAGCCGCGCGCCGACUACACCCUUUCGUGGGGCGGGCCUGCGGGCUCGGACCACACCACCUCCUGGGACUUGGGGCUGCACACGGAUUGCACCACCGCUUCGAAGGGGUACCAGAGUUCACAUCUCACCACUCCCUCCGAACCCAGCCAGCAGUCGGACCGCGCAACUUUGGCUUAUUACCCCAAAACUAACCCCCGAGGUCCCAUUCAGCUGUGGCAGUUCCUCCUGGAGCUGCUCCAAGACGGGGAGCGUAGCAGCUGCAUCCGCUGGACGGGCAACAGCCGCGAGUUCCAGCUGUGCGACCCCAAAGAGGUGGCGCGGCUGUGGGGCGAGCGCAAGAGGAAGCCGGGCAUGAAUUACGAGAAGCUGAGCCGAGGCCUGCGGUACUACUACCGCCGCGACAUCGUGCGCAAGAGUGGGGGGCGCAAGUACACGUACCGCUUCGGUGGCCGCGUGCCCGGCCUAGCUUAUCCCGACCGCCCGGGGGACGGACAGGGAGCAGCGACCCAAUAAAAACAUCCCGUCAAAUCUC